AUGUCAGUUGAAUCAGUGGUUGAGUCGCACGUUUCUGUGUAUGAAUCACGAAUCAACAAGAAGAGAAAUGUAUCAGAGGACAGAGGACGGCGGGAGAUGGAGAUUUCUUUGAAUGGUCCCAUAGUUUCUCGUUGUGGAGGAGUUGUGAAAGCCGCAAUGACGGAGUAUUGGCGAAAGGAAUCAAAGAGAGAUGAUUUUUGGCAUUUCAUCAGGAAGUCUGAACGUAUCCAGCUUCAGCCAUUUGAAGUUUCGAAAGUGAUCGAUGGAAAGUUCAAAGAAAAAUCAAAACUUCCAAUUAUGGACAAAUAA